UCAACAACAGCGACAACAACAGCAAAGAAAUUUCCCGAAAAUAAAUCAUUGGUUACCCACAUCAUCAUCAUCAUCAUCAACAUUGCUACAUUUAUCAUUAGAUCCACCAAUACAAACAUUAGCUGAUGCAACAUUUAAAUUAUUACGAAAACAAUAUUGGUUUGAUGCCUUAUUAAUUAUUGAUGAAUCAAUUAUAUCUGAUCAAUUUGCAAGACGUUUAAGUUUACUUUGUAAUUCAUUUCGUUUUGAUUAUGAACAACAACAACGACUAUAUCGACAUCAACGACAAACAACAAAACAAUAUCGUCGACGAAGACAAGCAAGACAUUCAUUUUACCACAAUUAUUAUCAUCCUCAUCAUCAUCAACGAAAGCUCAAUUUAAAUAAUAAUAAUGCUGCCAAACAUUCAUCAUCAUCAUCGACAUCAGAAUAUGAUUGGAUACAAUUAAAACGUUCAACAAUUAAAAAAAGUGCCAUGUUGGCUGAUACAUUAUUGUUACAAAAGCCUACUAUUACCACCACCACCACCAUCCCCACCAUUACAGAUUCAAAAUUAUCAUCUAGAAUUUCAGUUGUUGAUGAUGAUGAUGAAUCAAUAUUUGAACAACAAAAAGAAGAAGAAUCUUUGAAAUAUGAUAGAAUAAAACGACGACGACAACGUCAACGACAAAAGCGAGAAAUAAAACCAUCAAGUGCCAAACAUGAACAACAUGAACAAAUUCGUCAAUCAAAAGCUGGUCUUUUGAUGUCAAUAUGGAAAAAUUUAAUGAUUAUUCGUGUAACAAAAUCAUUACCACAAAAAGAGUUUUAUUUACGUAUGGCUGAAAUACAGACAACACAUCGUCGUAUUGUUCUUGUUCAUUGUGAUAAACGUAUAAUGAAACGUGUUAUUAAUACUGGACAAGAAUUAGAUUUAUUUAAUGGUGAAAAAAUUUGGAUUUUAUUGGAUGGACGUUUGAAAUCGAAUGAGAAAUUUGAUACAUCACCACCAACCACUAAUGCUCAUCAAUUUGUCAACAAUGUUAAUGGAAUACCGCCAGUACCAGUAACAACAACUAAUGGCUACAAUGAUAAUAAUGAUGAUUUACCACCAUUACCAAUUGGAAUGUUAGCCAUACAGAAUCGUUAUCGUAAAAUUUAUGAUCCAAAAUUAUUAGAUUCUAUUGUCGAGUUAAUGGGUAAAGCAGCAUUAAAUUCUUAUCAAUUAAAAUUAUUACAACAAUCAUCAAAUUAUCAACAACAACAACAAAAACAACAACAACAACAAAAACCCUUUGGUUAUUAUACUUCAAGUGCCUUAACAUCAUCAUCAUCGACAUUGUCGUCGUCGUCGUUUGUUUCAAAUUCUUCAUCGCCAUUACCCAAAAAGUCUUUCAUAAACGAUAAUGAUAAUGAUAAAAAACCAGAACCAGAAUCAGAUGAAUUGAAACAGCGAAAGAAAAAAUCAUUAAUGUCAUCACCAUCAUCGCCGACAUCGACGACAUUAUUCAAUUCUGGUUGUAUAGAUUCACCGGAAAAUUAUACAGCCGAACAAAUUGAAUAUCGUAUCAAUAUUUUACGUGAACUAAAAAAAUUAUUGAAUCCAAUAUUGAAAAAAUAUCAUAUUCGUUCACAUUGUUCAUUAUCAACAAUCGUA